UUUGUUUAUUUUUGUGUGUGAACAUUGAUGCAUCAAUCAAAUCAAUCAGUUUGUUUUUAACUCUAAUGUGGUAUGCGUCGUUAAUAUAGUAAGAAACUAAAAAUGUUAAAAUUUGUACGUUGAAAAGUUUUUACUAUAAUUUUUCUGUGUAUUAAAUAAUUAUUUUAAAAUGGCGAAGAAGUUAACAGAAGAAAUGGUUAUUGCCAGAACAAAAAUAUCAGAUUUGGGAAAAAUAAAACGAUUAAAUUGUUGGGGUAGUGAAUUAGAAGAUGUGUCUUUAUUGAGAAGAAUGCCGUGUGUAGAAGUUCUUUCUUUGAGUAUUAAUAAGAUCAAUACUCUAGCGGAUUUUCAAUUUUGCCAACGAUUGGAGGAAUUGUAUAUACGUCAAAAUGACAUCAGAGAUGUUAAUCAAGUUAUGUACCUGCAGUGCCUACCCAACUUGAAGAAUUUAUGGUUGGGUGAAAAUCCGUGCGCGACUAUUGAUGGAUACCGAUUGGCAGUUAUACGGGCACUACCGCAGCUACAAAAAUUGGACAACGUCCAAAUAACGCCGGAGGAAAAUAGGGAUGCGCAACGAAGCGGUAAAAUUCUAUCUCAUCCCGAGGAUAGUCAGGAUGAGAGCGAAGAAGAAUAUGUACAGACGACGAUGCCUAUACAGAGAUCCUCGUCGAGAGAUCGAUAUUCGGAAAAUGAAGGGAGUCCAACACAGAUAAGUCCGCGGAGAAGAGAUGAGAGUAGAGUCCAACAACCAUCAGAUUAUGAGGAUGUUGAAGGGAGCGAAGAAAUGUAUCCUUGUGAAGAUGCCUCUGAAGAAAGUCGAGGUUAUUCUCCUCCUAGGACGUCUUCACCACGGAAACAAGAAGUUUCGAGGAGAACGUAUUCACCAGAACAAGAAUAUGUUGAUAGGAGAUCAGUGCCCUAUGAUAGGGAAUCUCCUCCUCCUCCUCCAAGGCAACAAUAUUACGAAAAAUCAUCGCCUACUAAUACAUCGUCAUACGAAGCGGAUACAAUCGAAGUUUCGACGAACUUUCGCGAAACUAAGUUAGUUAACAGUCAGUCUGCAAGUUGUAUUAAGGAAUACUCCAAUGGUAAUGGCGAUAAAUACGGUUACCAUUCCGGUAGCGAAUAUUGCGUAACCCACGUACCUUCCGAAAGACCAGAACGACCUAAAGAAAGGUACACGUGUCCUGCAGCACACCGAUCUCAUUAUACUAGGAGACCGGUUACGAGGAAUUCCAAUAUACUCUCGGCCGUUUUGUGUUUAGUCAAAGAAUUGGAUUAUCCGAGUCUGGAAGUUGUCGAAAUGGCGGUGAGAUGUCGCAUGGACGAAAUGGCCGAUUGACAAAAAAAAUUAUUAGAUAAUAACAGAGUCGCGCAAAAUAUUAACGAACAGCUUUAAUAAAAUGGGUCUGAUUUUCUCAUAUUUUUAUUUAAUAAUGGCCGGUUGUUGUGUUGUUGGUAACUUUCUGUUUAUCCGAAACAAUGAGUUACUCGUUGUACGAAUACACUGAAGUCUGUCCUUUUUUUCAAACUCAAACCUGCGCUAAAAUUUUUUAUUUCUAAAUCAUCAUAAAAUAUCAAUUGGUUCCAACUAGUGAGUUAAAACUUUUACAAAAUUGUCCCAUGUGACUUUGUGGAACGAUACCAGGAAAAGUAAUCGAUUGAUUACAGUUUUGAGCCGAUUAGUCCUUCGCAGGUUGCAGUAAGACUCCACCUGAUCCUUUCAAGGCUUUCGAGCCACAGUGUAGGGUUCUAGUCCAAAAUAUAGAGUCGUUGACAAAGUUUUCUGCUACUUCAUUGCCUAGUACACCCUAGUAGUCACAUUAGGAUAUCCAGUGCUUUUUACACUCCAAUACUAGGGAAUUUAUUCAAACAUUCCAGGAUACAUGUUCAUGGCUAACGAUUCUGUCUCAAAAAUGGUGAUUUCUCUUCCCGGUAGUAUGGAUUUUGGUUCAAAAAUACCCAAUACAGCUUCUUAUGCUAGAUUCGAACCAUUUGUAUACCAGAAAGAUGCAUUUUAACCUCACAGAAUAUCUUUAUUGACCCUUGAUAUGGGAAAUCUGUGUCCUAUCAUUUUUUACUAGUUUUAUCUAUGUUAAAAUCCUUACGGUCUGAUUUCCAGAUGCCAUUUAUAAAAGGACAGACUAUAAUUUAUUCAUUGGUGUAUGUUGAUUAAUACCGAAUGAAUUCACUAUUUUGUAAGUACUAUAUUUUUGAAAGUUACUAGUAUUUUAUGUAUUGACAAGUUGUUAACAUGUUUGGAAUUUGAAAAUUCAUUAAAUUUGACUGAUGCUCGAGUACCUUUUUAAAUUUAUUUAAAAAAAAAACAAGAGCAUUUGAAUGAAAUUACAUUUUCAACAUUCACGAAGCUUUUUAGACACACAUUGUAUACCCAAUGACAUUUUAACCAAUCAAUAUUAAUCGACUGAAAAUAUUGUACGCACAGUUAUCGAAACGGGCAAUUAAUUUAAAAAAAAACAAACUUUUCAGGAUAGUAUAGGAAUGCUGUGACGUACUGUUACUUUUCUUGUGGUCCAAUUGUUCAUCACUGUUACUUAUUGUCUAUUAAUUAAUAAAAUUAAAUGUCGAAACCCACUAGUAGCACGCCACCCCACGCCACGUCAUGUGUAGAGUACACAUGCACACAUAUUGGAGGCGUGGCGUGGCGUGGCGCGUUGCUAGUGGGUUUCGGCCUAAAAAAUAACUUUGCAGUUUAGUUAUGAAUGGGAUUCACAAGAAUUUAUUACAGGGAUACCGUUGAAAAGCAGCUGGAAAACAAGGUUAUGAAAAAGAAAUAGUGUUGGGGUUUUCACAGUGUACGAUUACUGUAGAAAAUUGCCAUUUUUUGAGUAUUUAUCUAUUUUCAAAGUAACAAUAGAUUUGCCUCUAUUGACAAUAAUAGAUCUGUAUUCGAAGUGGAUGUUAUAGUCAAAUAUAACAGUUUUUGACUUGAUUUCCUAAAUGGAAAAGAAAAAAAAUUUACAUAGUAUCGAAGGGUCAAAAAUUUCAAUCAUACCACAGUUUUCUAUAAUGAAAAAAUGUUGAGGAUAAUUGUUUUACGGUUUAUUAAUGUCUACUAAUGUUGUUUCUUCUACGGGUGCUCCAUCCUCAUUGGUCCUCACCUUUUUCCAAGUUUCCUGCUCAAUAUACUAAUCAAUGUCUAUAUUUCCUUCUUCCAUCGUCUUUCACCUCAAUUCCUCUAAAGACGUUCCUGGAUCCUUCAUUUACUCAUUUAAUCUCAUUUAAUUGUAUUAAUUCAUCUAUUUCAUUAUUUAUGUUAUUCAAAUUUGUUUUCUUUCAUUUUUUUUCCCUCUAUGUUCCAUUUCCCUUAUGUUUAUUGCUAAUUUGAUCAGUUAUUAUCUUUUUCCAAGAUUCCUAAUCAGUCCAAUUAUUGGUGAACCAAUUACGAUCAAAUUGAUGAACUUUACAGAUACGGUAAAAGGAUAAAUAUGAUUAAUAAAUAAUUUGGGACUUGAUUAAUGCAGAAAAUCCUUAUUCUUCUUCAAUCGGAUGUUAAAAUAGAUUCAACUCAAACUGCACUGCACAAAAUUUUGAAUAAAUUGAGGAAAAAUGUUACGAGUAGCCUGCUUUUCAUUGGGAAAGUUGUUUUAUUACUUUUUUUAUUAAAAUUAUUCCUAUAUAUUAUGUUAUUAAUACAAUUGAGGUUGGAUAUUUAAAUAUAUUUACGUUUAUAUUUGUUGUGAAUAGUUGUUAUUGACUUCUUGCCAAAAAUUGGUUGAAACUCUUUGGUAGUCGAUUAUAUUUGUAUAUAGAAUUUUAUUCCAUUCAAAUAUGAAUUUUUUUUCUAUUUAAAUAUAAUGUUUACACCUUUUUAUAAUAAUUAAUCUAGUCGUUAACAUUUCUUUUUAUAAUUUCAUCAAUUUAAUUGUAAUUUCUUUAUAUUUCAAGUUAAUGAUUUAAUUAUUUUUUGUAUAAACAAAUAAAAUAGUAAUU